CUCGGGUCGUUGUCGAAGCGGCCAGCAUGUCCGCCGACUGUGCGAAGGUGACGAUCAAGAUCACGCUGACGAGCGACCCGAAGUUGCCGUUCAAAGUCUUUAAGGUGCCCGAGACCGCACCGUUCACGGCGCUGAUCAAAUACGCCGCCGAGGAGUUCAAGCAGAAUGCUGCCACCUCCGCUGUCAUCAGCAACGAUGGCGUGGGCAUCAACCCCGCGCAAACCGCUGGCGAGGUCUUUCUCAAGUACGGUGGUGACCUGCGGCUCAUCCCAAGAGAUCGCGUUGGCUGAGCCAGCCGCCGCCGGCGCCGUUGUGCUGGCCGCUGAAUCCACUCGGAGCCGCCCUCGGGCUUCCACGUGCGUACGCACACCUUUGUAUGGCUCGGCCCCGCGGGGGCGGAUUUAUACCGUAUUCCAGGACUGACCGCGCCUGGACUGUCUCUGCGCCCUGUAAACGACAUGUUACGACCACA